AUGGGUGAUAUUUGUGCAUUAACAGAAAUACUACAUCGUAACAUUGUGAAGGAUGAAGCUCAUGUUUCUGAUUUCGGGAUAGCAAGGUUUCUUAAAAAAGAGUCAUCCAACUGGACUUCAUUUGCCGGAACUUUUGGAUAUGCUACUUCAAAACUUGCUUAUACCAUGGAAGUGAAUGAAAAAUGCAAUGUUUAUGGCUUCGGAAUAAUGACAAUGGAAAUACUUAUGGGGAAGCAUCCUGGAGAUCUUGUCUCCUUAAUAUCAUCAAAUUGGUUGUCAUCACCAUUCUCACCACUUGAUAAAGUGUCUCUGGUGGAUAUUUUGAACUAA